AUGCUGGACAAAGCAUCUUUGACUUCUCCACCCGUAGUUCUAGCCUCUGGCGCCCUCCUCCUUCUGCUCCCAUUCUUGCUCAUCCCCCAAUUCAACGGACGGUCGAAACAUCGUCCCAUCCUGGCGCUGCCGCGCCUCUGGCCUCGGCGUCGCCAAUCCAGUGAAGUCGUCUCACUCCGCGUCUAUCCCAUCAAAUCAUGUCGCGGCUUUGAAGUCCAGUCCACCACGCUCAGGGAGCAAGGCCUCGAUCUCGAUCGGCGCUGGAUGCUCGUGGAUGCGUCCACGCAUGAAUUCUUGACAAUUCGCCAGAUUCCGCACAUGACUCGGAUCCGGACUGCGUUGAGUGCCGACGGCGAAGAAUUGGUCAUCACCGUGCCACUUUCCCAGGAUGGUCGGAGCGAUCAGACAACUGGUGCGGAAUCCCGCCAGUCUGACGUUCGGACAAUUCGUAUUCCCUCUCAUCCAUCCCGCGAGUGGCUGGACGCAAACACCGCGGUCUCCACCGUGACAAUCUGGUCCAAUGACACAGACGGAUAUAUCUACACUGAUGAAAUCAAUCAGCCAUUCUCAGAAUUCCUUGGCCGCCCCGUGGCGCUGGCAUACAAGGGUCCGAAACCUCGCGUUCUCCGGGGCAACGGGGAUCCCAAACUCCUAGGACGCACCCAGAGCACCGGGUUCCCGGACGUGUGUCCCAUAUUGAUCGCAUCGGAAGCAUCCCUGGCAGAGUUGAACACACGAUUGCAAUCUCAAGAUCUCGAUCCAAUCACCAUUGAACGAUUCAGACCAAACAUCAUCGUCCGCGGCGAGACGCCCUGGAUCGAAGAUUCAUGGAAGACCGUGCGGCUACGCCGCGCGUCCGCAUCUUCCGCAUCAAGCGCCACGGGCUCAAUCCCAGAUGAUCAGCGUGAACCGCUGGAUGUGGAUAUCGUUGCGCGCUGUGCGCGCUGCCAGGUACCGAAUGUGAAUCCCGAAACGGCUGUCAAGCACAAGAAGCAGCCGUGGGAUACGCUGGUCUCGUAUCGUCGCAUUGACGAGGGGAUCAAGUUCAAGCCUUGCUUUGGGAUGCUGGCUGCGCCCCGGAGUGAGGGGAUUGUCGAAGUGGGCAUGACACUGGAGGUUUUGGAGGAGACGGACAAGCAUCGAUACCAUACCGGAUUUUGA